AUGGACGAUACGUUGGAACUACCAAAUGCAAUUGCACCCAAAGUAUCCCUUGCCGAUGCCAUACAGGAGGAGGAUGAGCAAUCGUCGGACGGAGAAGAUGGCGGACUGGACUGGACAAAACUUAUUCCAGAAGCAGUGCGUCCUGUGAUUCCAAAACGCGGUGAAAAGGAAUUUGAACCUAAAGCUGGCGGUGGAUCGAACUUGCAAUUACACGUCUUGGAUCGGGCGAGAUCAGCCAUGUUGGAGGCCUUGCGGGCAACACGUACGACAUCUAGCAAAGCUAUCAGCUAUGGGGUGUGGCAGCCAAGUCUCGCUCGUACCCAUGUUACGGUUGCCCGAGGAAUUCAUUUUUCCUCUAUGGGCCAUUCAGCGCCUCGUUCAUUGCUUGGGGAGAAUGGCGUCGAGAAAAUUCAAAAACGACUGGAAUUGUUGCCUGAAGAAGCCAUUUAUCUCAUCGAAAGAGGGUCUAUGUUUUGCUGGAAGGAAACCGAUUUGAAUCUUACAGAAGUUUCGGGGGCUUUUGAAGUUUUAGGGGCGCCGAUGAGUGUGCAGCAAGGGUACAGUGAGAUGAUAGGGACGGAAGAUCUCACUUUAGAUAGAUUCCAGGUCUUUUCAUAUUUGAAACGGCUCGGUUAUGUCGUUACUAGAACGAAGCCGCCAACUUCGUACUACCCAACACCACCCAAUACUGUCAUCGUGAACUCUGCACCUUCCAUCUUCCAACGAAUCAGCUCUCUCUUUCCUACUUGGGCUUCUUGGCUAUCUCGUUUAUGUGGGAGCUUUGACUGGUGGAGGCCAAUGCGUAUCAGCCGCUGGCUUCACCACGACAAAAACUACGGCUCACUUUUCCGUUCCUUGCGCUUCAUUCCCUCGGGGCAUGGAGUCCCUCUACGACAAUCGAAAAGUGUUGAGGUAGAAUCACCCUACCAAAUCUUUUACAACCUCUACAAACCUUCAACGCCAUUCAAGAAAACGGCGCCUCCGCCUCCUGAUUUCCAAAUAGUUGUUAUCAAUGCCCGGACAACCCCAAUGCCAACUCUGCAAGAGCUUACAGACCUCUUUGACGUCCUCCCUGAGCUUCCAACACCUUUGCCGCGCCAACGCAGACCCAUUCCGGGAACCACGAAUCCGGCUAUCCCUGGUCCUGCAGUCAGCGAGAAUGCAGCCCCCACUCAAACCCUCAACAAUGCAAAUCAACUCCCACCUUCUCUUUUCCGCCGCCUCUUCCCUUGGGCGUUCCCACGUCCGGCCGUAGCUCAACCACUGAUUCCAGUACGAAGACCCAAUCCAUUCAUGGCGUUGAAAGCUGGGAAGAAAAUGGUCGUCAUCGCUGUUGUUGAUUCUGGAAGCAUUAGCUUCUUCCGAUUCAGCCAGGGUGCUUUCACAGAAUGGCCCAUGAUGUGA